AUGAUGAAAGAUAUAUGCUCAGGGUCCUUUACAAGGGCUGUUCUAGCUGAGUUCCUAGGAACACUAUUAUUUGUGUUUUUUGGUCUUGGUAGUGCCCUACCCUGGCCCUCAGCCCUUCCAAGUGUCCUUCAAAUAUCAUUAACCUUUGGUUUAGGUAUAGGCACAAUUGUGCAGAUAAUAGGGCAUGUAAGUGGUGCUCAUGUCAACCCUGCUGUGACAUUAGCAUUUCUGGUGGGGUCUCACAUCUCUGUCCUGAAAGCCAUCUUCUACAUCAUAGCGCAGAUGGCUGGAGCUGUGGCUGGAGCUGGGCUCCUCUAUGAGUUUACUCCAUCAAAUGUCCGAGGGAGCUUUGGUGUCAAUUCGGUGAAUGAGGAAAUAACUCAAGGACAAGCAGUUGUAGUAGAGCUUUUUAUCACCAUGCAGUUGGUUCUGUGUGUCUUUGGAACAACUGACAGCCGACGAACAGACAAUACUGGGUCUCCAGCCAUAUCCAUUGGUCUCUCAGUUGCUGUAGGACAUCUGCUUGGGAUCUACUUCACUGGCUGCUCAAUGAAUCCUGCAAGGUCUUUCGGACCAGCACUGAUCAAGGGACAUUUCACCUCUCACUGGGUAUUCUGGGUGGGUCCAAUGACAGGUGCAAUAUUUGGUUCACUGAUCUAUAAUUAUAUACUUUUCCCUGCCGAUAAAACUCCACUGGACAUAUUGUCUAUCCUUCGAGGUACCUUCGACCCUGAGCAUGAACGAGAAAGAGAGGAACAUCGCAAGCAGUCUGUGGAGUUAAAUUCACUUCACAGUUACCAUAAUAACAUGGAAAAACAUUAA